AUGUCAGAGGCCAAAUUGCAGCAGGAGGCAGAGCAGUCAGCAGCGGAGCAGCCAGGCACACCUCUGGCUGCCGCAGGCAGCGGGGCGACGGACCCUGCCGAUGCGGGCCACGACGACGCGCUGGAUGCGCCCUUGUUCGACCCGCCUUUUGCGCCCCUGAAAGCGCCUUAUGUCUUUUGGCAGGACGUGGCCUUGCUGUCGCUGACUGGUGGCUUCAUGGGAGUGUUCGGCUACUCCUUCUUGAAGGCCAUUUCAGAGGGGACUGAUGCCUGGAUGAGAGCCGACGGCAACUCUGGCUACCCCGAUGACCCCUCGUCGCUGCACUUUGGCGCCGGACGGUGGUGGUGGAUCCUAAUGGUGGCCGGCAUGGGGCUGGCUGUCGGCCUGGUGCGCGCCGUGGUGCGCCUCGAGACCGCGCCCAGCUUUAUCCAGGAGCUACGGAGCAUGCACGUGGAUCCCAAGGUGGCCGCAAAGUCGACCGUCAUCACCCUCAUCUCUCUGCUGGGGGCGGUGCCCAUGGGCCCCGAGGCCGGCCUGGGCGCGGCUGCGGGCACGGUGGCCACCCUGGUGUGCCGGCGGCGCAGCUUCCGGCAGCAGGCCACGCUGCGGCGGCGGCUGUACGUGCUGAGCACCAUGUGCUCCGCCUUUGCCGCCUUCCUGCCCAGCCCGUUUGUGGCUGUGCUGAUGACGAUGGAGCUCAGCCAGCCCUUUGACACCCUGGGCCUGACGCACGUCCAUCUGGCGCUGGUGCUGACCUUUGGCGCCACCGCCUCGUUCGCCGCAUAUUACGGCAUCGCAGGCUACACCUAUUACAGCCCUGCCAUCUUUUUGACCGACAUUGUGUCAGGAUCGUACGAUCAGAUGUUCAUUGUGCAAGGCGCGCUGAUCGGCAUCGGCGGUGCAGCGUUCGGAGUCGUCUACAUCCUGUUUGCGGGGUUUGUCCAGGUGGCAGUGCGCGCUGCCCGCGCCAAGCUGGACACCGCCGUCGGGCGUUGGCCCCGGGUGGUUGUGAUGGCCACCGCCGGCGGUGCUGCCAUCGGCGCGCUGGGCUGGGCCAUGCCGCUGGUCCUGACCGACGGCUCCUCGCAGCUGCCCACCGUGAUGCGGUCUGGGGCAGAGGUGGGGAGCGGCGUGCUGGCGGCCUCGGCGUUUGCCAAGGCGCUCGCCUAUCACAUUGCCGGCGAGUGCGGCUUCAGCGGCGGCAUCUUCCUGCCCAUGCUGUCCAUGUCCUCCUUGCUGGGCCAGGUGGUGGUCAACAGCACUGGCAUCAACGCAGCCAUGGCGCAGUCCUGCUCCGCCAUUGCCCUGGGGGCCGCCCUCAUCCCUGCGCCCUUCAUGCUGGCGCUCCUGGCCAACUCCUUGGCGCUGGUGGGGCCCCAGGGGCUGGUCCCCAUCUUCACCACGGCUGCCACCGCCCACCUGCUGUGCAUUGGCAUCGGCGUGCCGCAAGGCCUGCUGGCAAGGGCUGCCGCCCAGCGGGCGGCCAAGGCCGCAGCCUCCGCCGCCGCUGCUGCCACCGUCAACGGCCAGGAGGUGGAGCCCUAG